ACCAAAAUGAUAACACGUCAACGCAACAUCAGUAGUUGUUACUGUUAUCAGGGGUUAUUACUUUUGCAAGUCGUUGCUUUCUGCUCGGUACUGGUACGGACUGUAGUUUGAACUAACGUUAAUCGUUACUUCCUGAGCCUGAGUUUCAUUGAAGUAAAGCUCGAUAGAUUCUUUCUUCACCGGUGCGCUAUUUUCUGCUAACUUACUUUCAUACUAUUUCCGGUGCUACAUUAGCGGGGCGCCGGUGGUCCGCGAAUCAGUUUAUUCCAGGAUUCAACUAACUUACAGUCGGAGACUUACGAUCGAGCGCACGGCCUACUGGAGCACGCUGCACUAUGCCGAAAGUGCACGAGGACCAGAAGAACAAGUUCGAAGAGGACUUCUUCACCAAAUUUCACAAAGACACCGAGGUGAAAUAUGUGCUGAGAAAAGAAACGGUGGACGGCCCCAAGGAGGAGCGCAUUGCGCAUCUCAAGAAAGAGCUAAGGGACUCUACUUCGCACAUUGCAUUCAAAGCAUGUGGAACAAACCUACCGCUCCGCUUUCCCAUGGCUAAAAAUGCCACCGCACCGUCCAGUGAAUACGCCGACUUCGACAGAGAACCUGAUAAGGUUCACUUGCGCAGCCCGAUGAUUCUGAAUGGCGUAUGCUGCUCUCUGCUCGUGGUGUUGGACUUGAACACCUUUGACGGCAUGGGCCACCUGGAGUUUGACGAGGAGCUCGCUACGAAACAAGCCGAGACGCCGAACGAUGUCGUCGACAUCCUUCCACGCCGAGUGCCAGCGUUUCCAACCCAGCCCAGCCAAUCCAUGCCACCAAUGUCGCAACCAGUGUGGGAAGGUCAAAAGCCGCUUUCCGACUCGACUUACUAGCUGAGGGCUGGUGUCGUCCUGCCAGCAUGCGCUGCGUUGCUCCACACGUUGCCGGGGCGCUGCCUGGAGGUGCUUUGCAGGCGUAAUUCCUGCUUCCGACUGUCGUCUUGUUGUACCAAGCCGCUGAACACGGCCACACUGUCUCUUACCUCAAGUUGGCAACGGCCCUGCCAGCCACCUCUUACCCUGUUUUAUACUAGAUAAAAUAUCUUUAUAAGACAUCUAGUCCGGAAGCAGCAUGAUUCCACCCCAGGUCUAAAGUCCUGUGCAGAUGCAGAGUAUUUUACAGCAGGCAUCAGUUGACUUGAGGUAUGGGAUCGAACUUGCAAGUAAAGUUCAAGUUGUGCGGCAUAUCUGUUUUUAUCUGAAGUCAUACUUUUCUGACACCAGACCACCUCUGUGGAAGUUUGCUCAAACUGCUCUUUGGUGGGGUUAUACAAUAAAUCUUGAAUGACAGUCUCGUGUGCGUGUUAUUCUUUUUGUCCUGUGGAAAUUUCACGCAAUAGCGGUGCGGCCUGUACAUGGGUCCGAGGCUUAUUGCUCGCACAUGCCUCAGUUUUGUGUGUAGUAAAGACGUAGAACUCCCCUCAUCAGUGCACGUUAGGACCGGCCACUGCCCGUAGCUACGAAUUGCCCGUAACCAUGGUAACCUAGCUUAGGACAACUAUGUGUAGUGACAACUCGGAAUGUACGAGUACAUACUGCAGCUGCAUGCAAGUACGAACUUUUUUUUAAAGUUGUUAUGACAAUUACUAUUUUUUCUGGUGCUGUU